AUGGAUGCCGCUGAAUACAAGCAUGUGGUAUUGGGGUUAAUCUUUCUCAAGUAUAUCUCGGACGCUUUUGGGGAAAGGUAUAAUUUUCUGCUUGAAGAAUUUGCCGAUCCUCAAAGUCAAUACUACGUCAAAGAGGAAACCUCCCGUUUUGAAUUUGCUGAAGACCGGGAUGAAUAUCUGGCAGAAAACGUCUUCUACGUCCCGAAAGAAGCCCGCUGGUCUUAUUUGCAGGCAAAUGCCAAGCAACCGCAAAUUGGGACGCUGAUUGAUAACGCAAUGCUUGCAAUUGAACAGGAAAACCCGCGGCUCAAAGGCGUUCUCCCGAAAAACUAUGCACGUCCGAUGCUUGACAAGCAGCGACUUGGUGAACUCGUCGAUCUCAUCGGAACAGUCGGCUUAGGCGGUAUGUUUGUCCAGAGCGAAGCGUUUGUUGAAUUGCAUGGUGGACGACGCGAUGACAUCUCUAUCUAUGGGCAGGAGUCCAACCCAACGACGCGGCAAUUGGCACUGAUGAACCUCGCGAUUCGUGGUAUUGAUGCUAAUCUUGGGAUGGAACACGCCGACAGUUUUCACCACGACCUGCAUCCAGACCUGAAAGCCGACUACAUUCUCGCGAAUCCGCCGUUUAACAGUAGCGAUUGGGGUGGCGAACGGUUGCGUGAAGAUGGGCGUUGGGUUUACGGUGUCCCGCCACCCGGCAACGCCAACUUUGCUUGGGUACAGCACUUUAUCUAUCACAUCGCACGCACCAAAUGGGGAUGGAUGUAUUAG